UUCCCAUUCUUUCCUUUCCUUUCCUUUCCUUUCCUUCUGUUUCUUCUCUUUCCUUGCCUUGCCUUGCCUUUUCCUGCCAAGCAAGAGGUUGCCCCCAGAGUGCCCAAUCAUGCAUGGCCCUGGGUUUUUCCUCCUGCUGCUGCCCUUGGUAGUAGCCCUGGCAAACUUUGCCCACCGCCUGGGGCCUGGCGCUGCCGCCGCUGCCCCUCAGAGCGGAUCGAUCCGAGCCUUGAGGGCUUCCCACCUGCGCAGAGAUGAGAGCAAUCACCUCACAGCCUUGUACCGGAAAGAAGAGACAAUCAACGUUUGGGAACAUGGCUCCAUCCACAGUCCUCGAUUCCCACAGAGCUACCCUAGAAACCUGCUAUUGACAUGGAAACUCCUUUCACCAGAGAAUGCAAGGAUACAGCUGGUAUUUGAUCCUCAGUUUGGACUGGAGGAGCCAGAGAAUGAUAUCUGCAGAUACGAUUUUGUGGAAGUGCAAGAUAUUUCUGAAAUCAGCAUGCUGAUCCGAGGACGAUGGUGUGGAUACAAGGAAGCUCCUCCAAGAAUAACAUCAAAAACAAAUCAACUGAAGAUAACUUUCAAAUCUGAUGACUACUUAGUGGCUAAACCUGGAUUCAAGAUUUAUUAUUCCCUGGUGUUUGAUCUUCAGGAUGCAUCUGAAGCCAACUGGGAAUCAGUUACCAGUCCUGUCUUGGGCGUUUCCUAUCACUCUUCAUCAGUGACUGACCCUACACUAACAGCAGAAGCUUUGGAUCAAACCAUUGCUGAAUUUGAUACUGUGGAGGAACUGCUGAGGCAUUUUAAUCCAGAUACGUGGCAAGAGGAUCUGAAGAAUUUGUACACAGACACUGCGCCACCACGAGGCAGAAGUUUCUAUGAGAGAAAAUCAAAAGUGGAUUUGGACCGGCUGAAUGAUGAUGUGAAACGCUACAGCUGCACACCCAGGAACUAUUCUGUCAACGUAAGGGAGGAACUGAGACAGACCAAUGUGGUUUUCUUUCCACGCUGCCUACUUGUUCAGCGCUGUGGAGGAAACUGUGGGUGCGGCUUCACGCACUGGAAAUCCUGUACGUGUGCCCCUGGGAAAGUGGUGAAAAAGUAUCACGAGGUGCUGAGAUUCAUUCCUGAAGCAGGUCAUACCCGGUGGCGGCGCAGAACCAAGAACAAUAUGGCACUGGUCGAUAUUCAGCUAGAACACCAUGAGCGUUGUGAUUGCAUCUGUAGUGCUAGACCACCCCGAUAAAAAGAGAGUAGACUGUCCCAUCUGCAACUUAAAGGAUUCUUCCUCUUGAAUGAGGAACUAGCCUCGGAGACUGUCCCAGUGGCCCCCAAAGUUUGCUGACAUCUUGCAGUGUUACUGGUAGAGAGAUCCACAGCCUUCUGAUGCAUAGUACUAAGUGCCAUGACAGCUAAUCAUUCACAAUGCAGAUUUCAAUAGAUGAAUGCAAAUCUGUGAUUAAGUAUUAGAAAGAAAAAGAGAGAAACCUAAAGUGAGAAAUCUUCAGUGCCUCCAAUGAGAUCUAGCUGUAUGAUGCCAGUAAUUUUGGGGGUCUGAAUUUCCUUUAGUAGACUAUACCCUACAUGCAAAAUUACUCAUGCAAACAUAACUGCCUUGGAGUGUGGUGGAGUCUCCUUCUUUGGAGGCUUUUAAACAGAGGCUGGAUGGCCAUCUGUUGGGGAUGCUUUAAUUGUGUGUUCCUGCAUAGCAGGGGGUUGGACUGGAUGGCCCUUGAGGAUUCUUCCAACUCUAUGAUUCUGGUGUGUAUUCACAUACUUUUGCAUGUAGGGUUUAGAAAGCUCACAGCUCUUCAUAAGCACAGGCCUAUUGAACUAAGCACACUUAAAAUGUAAAUAAGGGA